CAGUGUUUGGUCAUUUCUAAACUUCACACUUGGCCCAACGUGAUUUUUAACGUCUGGCAAGAUAGCUGUCGAGGAAAUUCCCUGCCAGUCAACAAUAGCUAUUAGCAUUAGCCAGCGGCUAGGUUACAUGUGGCAGCUGGAUGGCUAACGGUAACGUUAAAGACCCUAGCAGCCACACACAUGAUGGAAACCAUAGGCAACGAAGCGUCGCUAGGUAUUAUACGCGAUAUGAGGAUAUCUACGUAGUCCAGCGUUUGUCAAAAACAACCCAACUUCUCCUUCAGCAUGAGCAACUCGGGUCCUCCACUGAAGAGGAAAAGCUACAUGGGACAGCACCAGAUCAAGAAGAAACAAGGCUUCCAAACUCCUGAUGAGCCUCCGGACGGAGACAGACCGCUGCAGAAAACCCGUUAUCUGUCAGGCAAAACAACCAGAUCAGAGGACAUGGGUGGAGGAGCAGCGUUCCCACUGGGAGAAUCCACAUUGGCCCUUGAUGAAGAGAUGCUGCAGGUGUUGGACGCUGUAGACGCCAUGAAGCCUGCAUCUGCCGGUUCUUGUGCAACAGCAGCAAACAGAGAUCCACAGUCAGCGCCAGCAUCCUCAGCUCUCUUUGCCUCGUCACGGGCUCUUGCGCCAGUUGCCGACAACAAGAGGGAGAGUGACCGAGCACCUCAGCACGCAGGGCAGGGACCCCACAGGGCCCCCAGCACCCAGGAGAGAGUCUGUGGGCGUAAUGGUGAUUGUGAGAGACCAGGAUGGAGAGCUGACUGCAAAGACCUUGCUCAGAGGCUUCUCUUCAGUGAGGGCUUGGAGGAAGCGGAGCACGCUCAGAGGGGUCCAGAGAUCAAUGGGCCAUCCUGUCAGGAAAUAAAAAACAGUCAGCGAGUAGGCAGAUCCACCAAUAGGAAGAAACUUACAUCCAUCAAAGACAAAAGUGGGUCAAACAUGAAUGCUGACCCACCUCUGGAUGUAUCCAGGGAAUACAUCUUGUUCAGCCCCACCCGCCUCGCUGCAGCCAUGAAGGCCAAACUGCAGCAGUCACUACAGAAUCAAUCCGCCUCCGUGCUCACAGUCCCCAGUGGUUUAGACAUCAGCACUCUGACUGACACUUUACCUCAGCCAGGCAUUGCCUUGCACGCUCCCACGGGGCAAAAUGAGAAGCUGCUGUUAUCCAGUUGGGGCUUACCAAAACCUGUCCUGGAGCGCUACCUGAAACACGGAGUGACUCACAUGUUUGAAUGGCAGGCUCAGUGUCUCACUGUUGGACAGGUGCUGCAGGGAGGUAACCUGGUGUACUCAGCCCCAACUAGUGCUGGAAAGACUCUGGUGUCAGAGCUGCUGAUGCUGAAGCGUGUGUUGGAGACUAAAAGAAAAGCUCUCUUUAUUUUGCCGUUUGUCUCGGUGGCCAAAGAGAAGAUGCACUACCUUCAGAGUGUAUUUGAAGAGGCAGGAGUUCGGGUGGAGGGAUAUAUGGGCAGCACCUCGGCUGCCGGAGGGUUCACAGCACUGGAUGUGGCUGUUUGCACCAUUGAGAAAGCCAAUUCUCUUAUUAACAGACUGAUUGAAGAGGACGGCAUGGGUCUACUGGGUAUGGUGGUGGUGGAUGAGUUACAUAUGGUUGGAGACUCUGGAAGAGGAUACCUACUAGAACUGCUCUUAACCAAAAUCCGCUACAUUGCACAGAAGCAGAACACCACUGGGUCUCUCUCUGAGGGUGUACAGAUCAUAGGUAUGAGCGCCACCUUGCCUAACCUCUCCCUCCUGGCUAAGUGGUUAGGUGCAGAGCUUUACCAGACAGACUACAGACCUGUACCCCUGCAGGAGCAUCUCAAGGUGGGCUGCAGCAUCUACGACAAGAGCCUCUCUGUGGUCCGACAGUUCACUCCUGCGCUCAGCAUUAAGGGUGAUGAUGACCACAUUGUGAGCUUGUGCUAUGAGACCGUGAGAGAGGGCCGCUCUGUGUUGCUCUUCUGCCCCUCAAAGAACUGGUGUGAGAAACUGGCAGACAGCAUCGCCAGAGAGUUCUACAACCUCAGACAUGCAGGUCACCAGGAUGAAGCAGAGCCUCAGCCAGUGAGUCUGGAUCAGGAGGGACUAGUGGAUGUUGUAGCCCAGUUGAGGCGAACUCCGGCCGGUUUAGACCCCAUUCUCCACCGGACUGUGCCAUGGGGGGUGGCCUUCCACCACGCUGGUUUGACCUUUGAUGAGCGUGAUGUCUUGGAGGGAGCUUUUCGUCAGAGCACGGUCCGAGUCCUGGCAGCCACCUCUACUCUCUCCUCAGGGGUUAAUCUGCCAGCUCGCAGGGUCAUCAUUCGAACCCCCACAUUCAACGGGCACUUGUUGGACCCGCUCACAUACAAACAGAUGGCUGGACGAGCAGGGAGAAAAGGAGUAGACACUAUAGGUGAGAGUGUGCUGGUGUGUAAAGAGGCAGAGCGUCAGAAAGGUAUUAGUCUCCUCAAGGGUGCUCUUCAGCCAAUCAGCAGCUGCCUGGUGAGAAGGGAGGGAGAAGGUGUCACCACCAGUAUGCUGCGAGCCAUCCUAGAGAUCAUCGUUGGAGGUGUAGCCAGCACUCCACAGGAUGUGACGUUAUAUGCUUCGUGCUCACUGCUGGCUGCCAGUGUGAAAUUUGAAGGCAAAAAAGGUUCAGGUGAAGAAACCAACAAAGGAACUAUUGAGGCCUGUGUUGAAUGGCUGAUGGACAGUGAAUUUAUCAGCAUCCAGAAGGACGGACAAGAGGAGCGGUACUGUCCGACUCAACUUGGUGCUGCCACCCUUUCCUCCUCGCUCUCCCCUCCCGAGGCUGUGGGAGUAUUUGCAGAUCUCCAGCGGGCCAUGAAGGGUUUUGUACUGGAAAAUGACUUGCACAUUCUGUAUCUGAUCACCCCUUUGUACGCAGAGUGGACAACCAUUGAUUGGUAUCAGUUCUUCUGUCUGUGGGAACAGCUCUCGUCGUCGAUGAAGAGAGUAGCAGAGCUGGUUGGCGUCCAGGAAGGUUUUCUUGCACGAUCUGUGAGCGGCAAACUUGUCGCCAAGACAGAGAAGCAGCGUAGACAGAUGGCGAUUCAUAAACGGUUUUUCACCACCCUCGUGCUACAGGAUCUGGUGAAUGAGGUGCCUUUGGGAACAGUGGCGUCCAAAUACAACUGCAAUCGUGGGCAGUUACAGUCUCUCCAGCAGUCUGCUUCUUCAUAUGCAGGUAUGGUAACAGUGUUCUGCAAGCGUCUGGGCUGGCACAACAUGGAGCUGCUGUUGUCCCAGUACCAGACCAGGCUGAGCUUUGGAGUCCAGAGGGAGCUGGUCGACCUUGUCAGGGUCUCCCUCCUGAAUGCAACACGAGCCCGAACACUGUAUGCACAAGGCCUAUGUACUGUUGCUGAACUAGCCAGGGCCACUGUAGCUGAUGUGGAGAAAGCCCUCAGAAACGCUGUCCCAUUUAAGAGCUCUAAGCGUGCAGUGGAUGAGAGUGAGGUGGAGGCAGCUGAGAGACGGAGCCUCCGCUGUGUCUGGGUCACCGGUGGCCGGGCGCUGACAGAACAGGAAGCCGCUGUCGAGAUCGUGUCUGAGGCAAGGCUCCUCCUUCAGGAAGACCUGGCACAGUUAGGAGUUCAGUGGGAUCCGACAACACUUCCUCCCGGGGCUCCUGCUGUGAACAGCCCUGAUGACCACCACAGUGGGGACUCAGACACCUCAUCUACCUCAUGUCUCAGCUCUCAUGAAGCACAGAUAGACCACAUUAAAAAUCACCGAGCUGGAGUCAAGAAAGGUGAGGGCAGAGACAUUGGCAGCCGUGGAAAGGAGAAUAAGGAACAAUCUAAACGCAAGGAUGAAAGGAUCAAAAUGAAGAAAGAAGAAGGAGAAGCCAGGAGAGAGCAAGGGAAGUCCAAGCCUGAAAUCACAGUAGUCAUCAGAAAAUUGGAGGAGCACAGAAAGCAAGACAGGACAGUGCCAGAAAUCAGACAAACUGCAACUGAAGUGCAAGUAGAAAGAAGCAAAGAAACAAAAAAAGAUGAGACCGAUAAAAAUAUAUUAAUGGCCAAUGACACAGAAGAUCCAGAUGAAAAAAGAGAAAGGCAAAAGCACACAACUUCGAAGCAAGGAGGGGAAGAGUGCAAAAAAGCAGAGCCAAAAGAAGGAGAGACAAGUAAAGGGUCUGUCUCAAUCAGAUCAAAGCGUCAUCAAUCAAAUCAUCCUGUUCCUGAGAGGAGUCUGACACAGGAAUUGGCUGAGAUUGUAUCCAGUCCCCUGCCUCAACCGAUGCCACGUCCUCAGCCCUCUUCUUCCCCAAUGCCUCCUCCUCGGUUUAGAGCUCCAGUAUCCCGAGUAGAAGAACAACACAGCACCCCUACAAGGACGUCAAAGGGAGAUGGUACCACAGGGAUUGUUGCCUCACCUGUGCAGCCAGGUAGGCUGAAACACUCAAGGGCCUUAAGCAAAGUCCUCCACUCCAUACAGACUGACAAAAGCCUACCGGAUAAUGUAGAUAAUGCACAGACGUCACACUUAAAACCCACAGGAGUCAAAAAUUCAGCACCUGCAGUGCUCGGGACCCCUCCCGGUGUUUCUGCACCGACAAAUGCAGAUAUGCAAGACUCUCCAUCUGUCUCUCCUGCCUCAGUUCCUUUAUUCUCUCCUGAGGCCAAGCGAAGAAAGAUAGAUGGCGGAGAAGUAGAUACGUUUUCAUCUCCCGAGCUGUACGCAGGGGAAGAGAGAGAUGUAGAAGUUGAGGUAGCUCUUAAAAAGGGAGAAGAGAGUUUUGGGGACAGCUUUGAACUGGACACUCAGACAGAAAGAAUCAUUGUUCAACAGGCAUGCCAACACAGAGAUGGUAAUGAUAAAGGUAUUAAACCGUCAGUAGAAACGGUAAUUGUAAGAGAGGAGGAAAAGGUAGAAGCAGUUGUAGAGCUGGAUAAGAACACAAAUGAGGGAGGUAACAGGCUUGAAGCACCUGCAUGUCCCAGAUUCAAUAUUUCUCUGACAGACAGCCAAAUGGAGCUCAUCCUUAACACCAGCCACCAGAUGUCUCCUGGCCCAGAUGGUGCUAAUGUUGUUAAAGAUAAAGAUGGAGGUGGUGAUGAAGAUGAGGCAUUUGGCAAUGAUCAGGCUGCCUCUGAGAGUGUCAACAGAAGCAGCAGCUUCCUGUUCGACAGCCUGUAUGAUAGCUCUCUGCUGGCUGGUCUGAGCCCACACCAGAUUCUUGACCAAUCAGACGAAGAGGAAUCUGUUGGCCGGGAGCUCGGAGACAAGUGCCCCCUUCCACCAACCCAGGCGCGAAGAUGCAGCGAGCUUCUCGCCAAUCAGGAGGCGGAGCAGCAGGAAGCAAUCCAAUGGAGCGAGUCCUCUUUCAACUUGUCCGAAUGGGGCGACUCACUGUUGGUGGGCGAACACUUUCUGGAGAGGCAGAGCUUGCUCAAACACACAGAGAGGACUCAAAAAGUACAAGAAGCCAGCCGUCAUAAAGCUCAGCAACCCAACGCUGACCAUGCUGUGGCUGAGGAGCAGCUGUCAGAACCCCAACCAGAACCAAGUCAGAUACAGCCACAACCCACCACUGUAACUACUAUCACAAAUAAAAAUGAAAAGGAUAAAGCCAGUGAUAAUCAAGGUUAUACACACAAAAUUAAACCGCGUAGUAAUGCACAAAAUGACAAUAAACCAGGUGGGAGACAGGAAACGAUGAAUGAAGAGGGUGAAAAUGGGAAGCAAGUAGAGAAGAAAAUAAACAAAAGGGAGGAAAUUAAUACCGUUUUAAAACACCCACAUGUCCGAAACGCACCUGAAAGCACUUUUCAUUGCAGCCCUGGUUUACAAGAGAUCUUUGACCGCUGGCCUAGUAUGUCUGACCAGUCCUGGCAAAACACCACAACAGGCCACAGAGCCACUCAUGCACUCAUAAAUGCUGCAGCAGAGGUUCCAGAUCUACCUCCGCCAUCAAUACAGGUGGACAGAAAAGGGGGAAAGCCAAAUGUGCAGGUUGCUGCUGCUGAGAGUCAUUCACGAGAGGAGCAAGCCUCAAGAGAUGAGGAUAUAACAGAGAGACCAGGCUCUUCUGGUGAUCUUAUUCCCCCAACUCAGGAAACACCACCUGUCACACCCAGAGUAAAACUGACCACCUCAUCUGUCCAAUCCCCUCUCACCGCUCAGCCACUUAGCAGGUCGACUCCCUCGACCCUCCCACCACAGAAACCAACAAUCACAAAAUGUCCUAAGUCUCGCUCAGGGCGCAACGAUCGUCUAUCAGAAGGUGUUGCUCACAUUAAACAGUCUAAUUCUACAUUGAAGACUCUGCAUGUUCCACACUCAAGUUCAAAAACAAGACCCCAACUACACACCAACCAGAAUCUCGGCCCUCCCCGAGACCCUCCAUCCUCCCCCCGGCCGGUGCCUCCUUCUGACGUAGAAUCGCCUGUGACUGACGAAGGCUUCACUCUCCAGCUGUCCCAGGAUGCAUCACUCUGUUCCAGCAACUCUGGGACCUUCUCCAUCAUAGAUGUGGCGAGUGACAGGCGCCUCUUCGGCACUUUCAUUAAUGAGUGGAAAACAAAGGAGCGGUACUCUCUGGCUUUGGCCUGUGAAAAGAGGGAGCACAGACAGCAGCCUGAGGAGGAAAUAGGAGGGAAACAUAAAAGAGCGUCAGCAGCUCAUCAGAAGCUGAACAGGGUCAACGGUUUUCCAGUAAGAGACAGUGAUGGACUGAUGUUGAUUGGACUGUCUGUCUGCUGGGGAGCAAGAGAUGCGUACUACAUAUCUCUGCAGCAAGAGCAGAGCAAAGGUCUGAGCUCCAGUCUGGCGCCUCCUCCACUGGAUGAUGAUUUGCCAGUAAGUGAGAGGCUGGCAGAGGUGAAGGCCUGUCUGAGCAGGCCAUCGGCUGGUCAUAGAGGAGGCGUGGUCGUCACGUAUGACAUCAUCCCAGUGUACAAAAUGCUAGUCCUGAGCUGCGGCAUCAGUUUGGAGGGAAACUGUGAGGAUCCCAAGGUUGCAUGCUGGCUAGUGGACCCUGGCAGUGAGGAGAGGACUCUACCCAACAUGGUGACUGUCUACUGUCCUGAAGAACUACCUCUGCUGGACGGACUUGGGAAUGCUCAUGCACACUGUCCUCGUGUUAGGGCAGCAACCAAGAGUGUGCUCGUUCACGCCGUCAUGAACCAUCUCACUGGACUGCUAGAGAAAGACGGCAUGCUCGACUUAUUUAGGAGCAAUGAGAUGCCUUCCCAGGUUUGUUUGGCUCUGUUGGAAUUGAACGGAGUGGGCUUCAGCGUGGAAGAGUGCGAAAGACAAAAACAUGUGAUGCAGGCCAAACUCACAGCUCUGGAAUCUCAGGCUUACAACUUGGCUGGACACAGCUUCUCCCUCACCAGCAUUGAUGACAUAGCGCAGGUGUUAUUCUUAGAGCUCCAUCUGCCUCCAAAUGGCGAUGUGGGCGGAUUGAAAAGUAAGAAGACUCUCGGCUACACCAGGAGAGGUGGUGGCAAAGUACGACUUGGAAAGCAGUUCAGCACCACCAAGGAUGUUCUGGAGAAGCUUCGUCCCCUGCACCCUUUGCCAGGCGUGAUUCUGGAGUGGAGGCGGAUCACUAACGCCUUGACUAAAGUGGUGUUCCCCUUGCAGAGGGAGAAAAAAUACCACCCUACACUGACCAUGGACAGAAUAUACCCCAUCGCCCAGACACACACAGCCACAGGUAGAGUGAGCUUCACUGAGCCCAACAUACAGAAUGUGCCCAAAGACUUUGAGAUUCAAAUGCCCACGGUGGUGGGUGAGAGCCCACCUUCGCAAGACAGCCGUCACAUGACCACCAAACCAAGAACGAGGAGACGUUCUGUGGUACCUUCAGUUGCAGCCGGCAGCGCAGAACAAGGCCAGGCCUUCUCUGUCAGCAUGAGACAUGCCUUCGUACCUUUUUCAGGUGGGAUGAUAUUGGCAGUUGAUUAUUCCCAGCUGGAGUUGAGAGUGUUGGCUCACCUGUCCAGGGACCAACGCCUUCUGCAGGUGCUGAAUGGUGGAGCAGACGUGUUUCGCUGCAUUGCCGCUGAGUGGAAAAGUGUCGACCCAGAGUCUGUCAACGACAAUCUCAGACAACAGGCAAAACAGAUUUGCUAUGGCAUUAUCUAUGGGAUGGGAGCCAAGUCUUUGGGGGAGCAAAUGGGAGUGGAGGAGAACGACGCAGCUUGCUACAUAGAGAGUUUCAAGGCCAGAUACAAAGGGAUCAAUGCUUUUCUUAAAGAAACCGUGAAGAACUGUAUAAAGAACGGUUAUGUUCAGACUCUGAUGGGCCGUAGGAGAUACCUACCUGGGAUCACUAACAGCAACACGCACGCCAAAGGACACGCAGAGCGUCAGGCAGUGAACACAACUGUACAGGGUUCAGCAGCAGACAUUGUUAAACUUGCCACUGUGAACAUCCAGAAACAACUCAGAAAAACAUAUCCUGCAGCACCACUCUCUCACCAGCACACACACGCAGCCAGUAAUCACCGCAGGGCUGGGAAGUCUAAACUCGGAGGAGCCUACUUUGUCCUGCAGCUGCAUGAUGAGCUCAUCUAUGAAACCACAGAGGAAGACCUCAUACAGGUUGCUCAGAUAGUCAAGAGGGAGAUGGAGACCGCAGUAAAACUAUAUGUAAAGCUUAAGGCCAAAGUCAAGGUGGGACCCAGCUGGGGCAACUUACAGGACCUAGAUAUAUAAUGCCAAUGUUAUGAUGUUUGAUAUUGAAAUGAAAUGCAGUUUAUGGUUUAAGGUUCUUUACUACAUCAAUACUAAUAAUUUGUACUAAAAUCAAUAUUUUUUUUAAUCACUACAUUAAUAAUGAAAUGUAAGAAACUCACAGCCUGUGAUUGCACAAUGUGCUCUAAAUGAACUUUCAAAAUGUAUUUAUAAUUUUGUUUUUCAGUGUAUAGUGUAACAAAUUAUACAUUUGUCAUGAGAUUUUAACACAUGAUAUUCAAUGUUAUAUAAUAAGAUGAAAUGUUUUGUUUUUUUUGAAAGCAUGUGGCUGCAACAAUUAUUUUCAUCAUCGAUUAAUGUGCUGAUUGUUUUGUCAAUUAACUGUUUAAUGUUAAAAAACACUGAUAAAAUGCCAAACAGAGCUCAAGAUGAUGGUACAAAGAAAACCCAAAGAUAUUCAAUUUACAAUGAUAUUUGACAAAGGAAAUCAGCUCGAACAGGAGAAUGUUUUCUCACAAUUUUAGCUUGAAAAAAAAGGCUGAAACGAUUAAUCGAUUAUCAAAAUAGUUGCCCGUUAUUUUCCUGUCGAUUGACUAAUCGUUUCAGCUCUACUGUGAUCCAUUUAAAAUAAAGACACGGAGCAGCUUUAGUCUUGAGGACAUCCUGAAAUCUCACAUUUUAUUGGACCGUUGGUUGAUUGGUUGGCUGUCACAAGAACAUACAUCAUUAUCAUUGUCACUCGUUAACGUUUUAUUUUACACUUAUGACAUUCACUGCACAAGAAGUGUUGUCACUAUGAUAGACAUUUUCUGUGCAAAGCGAAAAUCACCACCUCUGGUUAUGGGGAGAAAAAUAAAUGUCGUCCAAGAA